AGCUGUAAUAAUAAAGAACUACACGCUGUAUUUAUCAUGGUCUGUUUUAAGCCACGCUAUGCAACACUGCAAGUUUCCACCGUAUAGUAAUGACCAUUAUUGCAAGAUCAUUGUUUCGAUUGACAGCUCAGAUUGGAUUUUGUAGGCACAUUUCCUUCAGCAUGAUCAGAAGAACCCAGAUUAAGAAGGUGCUUUGUGUUGCUGAGAAAAACGAUGCAGCCAAAGGUAUUUCAGAGAUCAUGUCUAAUGGAAGAGCAAGAAGGAGAGAGGGGUACUCAGUCUACAACAAGAUCUAUGAGUAUGAAUAUAAUCUAUUUGGACAGAAUGUCACUGUGGCCAUGACAUCUGUGUCAGGACAUCUUUUAGGCUUGGAAUUCAAAGCUCCAUUUCAAAAAUGGCACAGCUGUAAUCCAGUUUUGUUGUUUGAUGCAGAGGUAGAAAAGUAUUGCCCUGAGAACUUUGUUCAGAUUAAGAGAACCUUGGAGAGAGAGGCAAGACAGUGUCAAGCUCUGGUCAUCUGGACUGAUUGUGAUCGUGAGGGAGAGAACAUAGGAUUUGAGAUCAUUGACGUCUGCAAAGCUGUUAAGUCAAACAUUCAGGUGUUUCGUGCUCGAUUUUCUGAGAUAACCCCUAACUCCAUAAGAAGAGCCUGCGAGUCUCUAACUGAGCCAGAUAUCAAUGUCAGUGAUGCAGUGGAUGUCAGGCAAGAGCUUGAUCUCCGCAUUGCAUUUACAAGGUUCCAGACUUUACGGUUACAAAAGAUCUUUCCAGCGUCUUUGGCUGAUCAGCUCAUCAGUUAUGGGAGCUGCCAGUUUCCUACACUUGGCUUUGUGGUGGAAAGGUUUAAAGCAAUCCAGGCUUUUAUUCCUGAGACCUUCUUUAAAAUAAAAGUGGUACAUGAACCUAAUGAGGAGGAAUCGGUAGAAUUUGGCUGGAAAAGGCAUCGGCUGUUCAGUCACACUGCAUGUCUUGUGCUGUAUCAAAUGUGCAUGGAGGAUCCCAUGGCAAAAGUUAUUUCUGUAACAAGCAAACCUAAAAGCAAAUGGCGACCAUUACCUCUCGACACUGUGGAACUUGAAAAACUGGCCUCAAGGAAAUUGAAGAUAAGUGCAAAAGAGACUAUGAGAAUAGCUGAAAAGCUAUACACACAAGGGUUUAUCAGUUAUCCUCGUACUGAGACCAACAUGUUUCCCAAAACCCUGAAUUUGGUUCCACUUGUUGAGCAGCAGACUCAGGACAAUGAAUGGGGGGCUUUUGCUCAAGGCAUUUUAGAAAGUGGUGGGCCCACACCUCGAAAUGGAACAAAAUCAGACCAGGCCCAUCCUCCCAUUCAUCCUACUAAAUACACUAAUGGUCUGCAGGGAAACGAGAGACGGUUGUAUGAGUUUAUAGUUCGUCACUUUCUGGCUUGCUGCUCCAAGGAUGCACAGGGUCAAGAGGUAACUAUAGAAAUUGAUAUUGCUGAGGAGAGAUUUUCUGCAAGUGGGCUGACGAUCAUUGCUAGGAACUACCUGGAGGUUUACCCAUACGACAAGUGGUACAAUAAGGUUGUUCCAUUAUAUACACCAGAAACAACAUUUCAGCCAACUGCAAUAGAGAUGGUCGAAGGACAUACAAGCCCACCUCAACUUCUUACAGAGGCUGACUUGAUUUCUCUUAUGGAGAAGCAUGGCAUUGGCACUGAUGCCACACAUGCUGAACACAUUGAGACCAUCAAGAGCCGCAUGUAUGUGGGCCUGACAGAAGAUCAGAGGUUCCUUCCUGGAGAGCUUGGAAUGGGUCUUGUCGAAGGGUACAACUCCAUGGGCUAUGAAAUGUCUAAACCAGACCUAAGGGCAGAGUUGGAGGCAGACCUGAAGCUGGUGUCUGAGGGAAGGAAGGACAAGACGUCUGUCCUCAGACAUCACGUUGCAAAAUAUAAAGCAGUUUUUAUAGAGUCUGUCAAGAAAGCUAAGAAAUUGGAUGAGGCUCUGUCUAACUAUUUAGGCCAGGCCCAAGAAUAUACUGAGCAGGUAGAACAAGAACUAGAGAUGCCAUUACCAGUACGAAAGUGUCCUCAGUGCAACCGAGACAUGGUUUUAAAGACUAGGAAGGACGGCACAGGGAAGUUUCUGUCAUGUAUGGGCUACCCGUCAUGUAAAGCAGCAGUGUGGUUUCCAGAUACAGUACUAGAGGUCAGCAGAGCUGACAGCGUCUGUCCAACUUGUCAGCCACAUCCUGUUCACAUGCUAAGUUUAAAGUUUAAGAGGGGAAGUCUGCCUCCCGGAAUGUCUGUUGAGUUUGUCGGAUGCAUCGGAGGCUGUGAUGAGACACUGAGAGAAGUCUUAAAUUUAAAGUAUCUUCGUGGAGGAGGCGAUUCAGGCACUCGGGCUAAUCAGAACGCAGCUCCUCGUCAGCCAAAUCCUCCAAGAACUAAUUCAGCACCUCAGUCUAGAACUGAGAGCAGAUCUGUACCUCCCAGAGCCAGAGCUGAGAGCAACAGGCCAGCCCAGGUUAAAGCCACAACACCGGCCUGGUCCAUGCAACCACCACCCACUGCUCAGAAUAACGUUGUGUGUAACUGUGGGCAGGAUGCACUUCUCCUCACAGUCCGUAAAGAAGGUCCCAACCAAGGCCGUGUAUUCUACAAAUGCAAUACUGGGAACUGUAACUUCUUUCUGUGGGCGGAUCAGCCGAAUGAUCAGCCUGGUCCUGCAGGGAGCAGAGGACCUGUUGGACCUGUUGGCCACGGCUCUCAACCUCCCAGGGCUUCACUUGGUUUUGGAAAUACUCCUCAACAAAGGCCAGCAAACAGGGGAUCAGGGGGAGGUGGAGAUGAGAAUAUGUGUAACUGUAAUGAACCUGCAGUAACAAGGACCGUUAUGAAAGAUGGACCAAACAAAGGCAGGAUGUUCCUUACCUGUGCUAAACCACGGGAUCAGCAGUGUGGCUUCUUUCAGUGGAUGGAUGAGAAUGUUGCUCCAGCUGCUGUGGGGAGCACAGGAGGAAACAGCAGUAAAUGGGGUGGUAAUAAGAAGAAUGGAAGCUCAUCUAGUAAAGCUCCCACUGCUAGAAAGCCGAGAACUUGUGGAAUUUGCCAUCAGCCGGGCCACACACGAACCACCUGUCCUCAGGGCCAGUGAGACAGCAGCACAUGGUGCUGUCAGCAGUUUGUUGUUUAUGUAUAUUCUGUCUGUUUAAUUAGGAUUUUUAAUCCUGUCUGUUUUAUGGUAAUGUUUUUAAAAACAAUGAGGAAUUUUACAUAAUAAAAGGUAAAAUGUGUAA